AAUGUCCCUCUGGCGGAUGGCAAUCUGCUGCACAUGUUGCAACCAGAGCGGUUAACCAACCUUAUAUUCACGUGGCUCGAGAUAGUGGCACAUCAAGUGUUAGUGGACCAAACCCUAGGUGCAUCGAGGAAAGACGGCGUGUCGCACACCCUACGUGCAGCCUAUCGUGCUGUCUACGCUCAACUGCUAGUCGACAUGCUCAAAUUCCUUUCGUUCUACAUCCACAGUGCUCAGUUACCGGAGCCUAUUUCCGUCCUCUGCACUGCCAUAUUCCGGCUGUGUCUAAUCCUCGUGUACAAAAAUCCCGAGCCUAUUGCGCCGUCUACACAGCCAUAUUCCGUCUGUGUCGGUAGCAAGAAUGCUUGGUUGAUAGGUCGAAUUGAUUCUCUCACACGUGGACCAGCUGAGUCAAGAAGACGAUUCUUCGGGUUACUGCAUGCAAGCCGGCGAAUGACUGCCACCCAUUCUUUGUGGCGAAAUCGACACGUACGUGGCGAACUAUGCAACGGUCAAAGUGCUUUCCGAACUGGUGACUGUGUGCGCAUCACCGGCUUUCUCCUCACAUUCCUCUCUACACCUCGGCUCUGGCCGCUGCCACCGCCGCCACUCAGGCAACGAGAGGGGAGCACGAUGGGAGGCAAGAAGGCGGGUGGCCAACAGGCCAACGCCGGGAUGCUCUGCUCUGCCCGCGCCACCCAACAUCUAGCUACAUUCGGUCUGGCUGCCAAUCUCCAAUACAACGUCGAGUUGACGAUGAAUGUAGUUCUGUACAUCUGCAUCACGGCAGUGAAGACACUGCGUCACUGCCUCCUGCUCAAUUGCAUGGCGAAUCAGCUGCGUUACCCAAACUCGCACACGUACUACUUCUCCAACACGCUUCUCUGCCUGUUUGCGGAGCAGUCGAAGGAGCGGAUGAAAGAGCUGAUUAGUCGUGUGUUGAUGGAAUCAGGCGCCUAA